GAGACGUGUGAGUGUUUAACGUUUAACGCAAGAAAAGUGCUCGAGAUGAGAAUGGACAAUUAAUUCAUGAGCUGUGUGAGGAGUAUACAGUUUGAUUACGUAGCAAUACAUGCAGCAGACUAUUAAAAGCCAUUUCCUUUCCAGACAGUUUGAAAUCUGGAGAACAAAGAGUGCAGAGAGCCUGGAAGAGUCUCCGCACUGAAGAGGAUCUAUUUAGAGUUCUUCUUCUUUUUUUUUCUUCAGCGUUUUACACACUUUGGUGGUUGGAUUGGGCAAAAAGAAUAACAUCUCAGCAUCCUAGCGACUUCGGGUUUGCAGUACAUUGUGCGUUUGGAGUAGUUUUGGAGUUAUGUAAGACGUACUUUAUAACCCGUUGGGAAAACGCACUUCGGUGGGUGGACGUUGAAUUUUGAGAAGGAUCUUUAUUUAGAAAAAAAAAAGCAGCAUCGUCCCGUUUUAGCGCUCUGCAGCAGCGGAAAUUGGAUGUCAGGCAAGGUUGCUACAGCGUCACGAUGACCUCAGAGGAGGGUCCCGGACCGCUGGCCGUGGGUCAGAUGGGAGCUGGGCUGUGUGAGGACUAUGACUCCAUCCAAGGGGAUGACAUCAUUGAGCAGGUGGGGCCAGGUGAUGAUGUCAGCAACGACCUCAGCACAUUGGUGGUGCCUUUUCCGGAGCUGGCUCCUGUGGUCUUCUUCUGCCUGAAGCAGACCACAUGUCCUCGCAACUGGUGCAUCCGCAUGGUGUCCAGCCCAUAUCCUUCAUCUGCUGCCAUGUGAGGUCACUUUACGCAAAGCAUUGUGGGAAAAAGAUCACAGCUGUGGUCAUCUU